AAGAGCGUAAUUUAUUAAAAUAGGGCUGAAUUAGACUUAACGGUGCUAGGUUUCGAACUGCCAAACAAUGAUUCUGUCAUUUGCAAAUGGUUUAACCUGUGGCGUCAUUGCGCCCACUAGUAGACAUUUUGUCUGCUUGUUGCCAUAGAUACCAGCGCAAUUAACACAUUCAUUUGAGUUAGGAAAACUGGUGGAUGUCGGAUUGGCCGUGUGUUUAUAUGGUUGUUUUCUGUCACACAUCUGCUAAAAAAUGGGCGCCAGUUCUGCUUUAACUACGGAAGAAAAUAUCAGGACAGAAGUUAGAACAAAGAGAGUGAGAGUGUCCGAAUUUUUUAAAGAUUUUGACCGGUUGAGAUCAGGUUUUAUUACUGCUUCACAGUUCAAACGAUGCCUCAAUCAAAAUCUUCGAUUGACUUUGCGGCCACAUGAAGUGGACGAUCUUGUUGAUAAAUACAACACUAAAGGCAAUGGAAUGAUUAAUUAUCGUCUCUUUUCUGAUGUGAUUGACGAAGAUUUUGAGCCUAGUAAACUAAAUGAGGAUCCAAAACAUCAGACAAAAGUACCCAUGGAAUAUCUUGGCACUACAAGAUCACUGCAACCAUCAUCUUCAGAAGUUUCAGGAAAAGUCAAAGACAUUCUUGAAAAAGUGCAAAAUUACUAUACAUACCAUGGUGUAAAUAUACGAACAUGCUAUGAAGAUUUUGAUAAACAUCACAAUGGUUUGGUAACAAGAUCUCAAUUUGCUCGUUCAUUCCCUGGGCCACCUGAUGUUACAGAAGAUGAAAUAGAGUUGUUAGCAGGGCAUUAUCAAGAUCCAACUCGACCUUCGUUAUGCAAUUAUCUCAAUUUUCAUAAUGACGUUGAGGUCAUCAAGGCAUAUGCAAAUGAAGAGAAGCUGAAUCUAUCUAAAAGCGAUGCAGAUAUUAUGAAUGAUACUUUCAUCGAUCGUCUUGGAAAUAUUGAUCCUGACUUACGUACAACAUUUGAGAAGAUCCGUGUUGCAGUAUACAAAAAUGGUAUUCGAACGACUGAAUUUUUUAGAGACCACGACAAGCUUCGUAGUGGUAUCAUAACUGAAAAUCAGUUUGUUUGUGGGCUCUCACUAGCUUGUGGAAAAGAAGCACAGCUCAGUAAAUCAGAAAUUCAAGCUAUUGCUAAGCAUUAUCAGACAGAAGAUGGUCGAGUAUGCUACAAAGAAUUUUGUGACAUCAUGGAAAGUAUCUUUAAUGUCCCUGGACUUGAAAAACACCCAACAGUUCAUCCUUUGAGGCCGCCUCGUGGUGCAUUGACAAGAAACCUCAUUGCUUUGUCGAAGGAGGAAGAAGAUCGAGUAGAAAGCAUCCUUGCUUACAUACGUGAAGCAGUUCUGAAAAGACGCCUGAUGAUUUACCCAUAUUUUAAAGAUUAUGAUCGAGGAAUUGCGUAUACAAGAAAUGUAACCAAGUCUCAGUUUGCAAGAAUACUUCAUUUUCUAAGUCUCACUGUGACCAAUGAGGACACAGGUCUACUGUGCCGUAAGUUUGAGGAGCCUAUCAGUGGUGAUGUCAAUUAUCCUGCUUUUUGUCAAGCUGUUGAUCAAGAAUUUAAACAUUAUACCAUCGACGCUCCUACAGAACCACCUUCAUCCACGUAUGUGCCUCCUGAGCAGCCUCGAACCAUAAGCACAGCUCAUAUUAACUUGAAUGACCUGCUUGCUCGGAUAAGAAACCAUGCUUUGGUUAAUCGUGUCAGAGUUGUUGAAUUUUUUGAAGAUUUUGAUCCAUUAAGAAGUGGAUCAAUCUCUAAAGCUAUUUUUCAACGUGGUCUGAACAGUAUGGGGGUUACAAAAGUCAAAGAAGAUCAGCUGAAAGCUUUGACUGAUCAUUAUGUGGAUCCCAAAAAAUCUGAUUGUGUGUUAUGGACCCGGUUUCUGACAGAUGUUGAGUCUGUCUUUACACAACCUAACUUAGAGAAGCACCCAACACUCGUUGUACCGCCACAUGAGACAUUCCACCUGCCUAAACAAGGUGCCUGUGUAAACUGGGAAGUUGAAUCUGAAGACUUGAAAUCUUCAUACGAUGAAGCGAUUGUUAGAAUGUUUAGCCGAAGUAAUCAAAGACGAUUGAUGGCUAAGCCAAUUUUUCAAGAUUUUGAUAGGCAUAAUAAUGGUCAUGUUACCAAGUCUCAAUUUCGUCAGUGCCUUGCUUAUCUGGAUUUACAUGCUGAUGAUGACGAAGUAGCAGCUAUGGAGAAAAAGUUUUCUGACAACAUUGGAUUCAAUUACCUGAAAUUUUUGGAUGAGCUUGAGCCUAGAGAAAGGCAAGAGCCCAAGUACCCAGCACACUUAAAAGAAUUGCAAGCUGUUAACGCUUUUAAAAAGCCCCCUGAAAUCGAUGCAUUGACUGAUCUCAACUCCAUCAUCAGAAAAAUUAAGACAAAAGUGUGUAAAGAAAGAAUGCAUAUUUAUGAGUUUAUGCGAGAUUAUGACAAACUGCGCACUGGACGUAUUCUUGUUCCCAAUUUCAGGCGAUCUCUUGAUCUCGCUGGACUUGAAUUGAAAGAAUCUGAAGUACACAUUCUUGAAGAUGCAUACAGGUCUUAUGAAAAUCCUGAUUUUGUGGAUUAUCUUGCAUUCCAGGACGAAAUUGAAUCAAUAUUCACUAUCAAAAAUCUAGUGAAAACACCACUAGUUCAGCCAACUCUAUUCAAGCCCCCUGUUGAAUGGGAGCAAAAUGAGUUGACUUCAGAAGCUGAAAUCGUUUUCAAACAAGCUAUGGAUAGGCUAUCGGAACAUGUACGAAAAACAAGAACCCAACUUUUCCCUUUGUUUGAAGAUUAUGAUCGCGUCCAUAAUGGCUCAGUAUCUCGUUUUCAAUUCCAUAGGGUGCUGAGUGAACUUGAGCUUGGUUCGUUGUUGAGUGAACAGGAAUUUCGUGUGAUAUUUUCAAAGUUUAAAGUACGAAUUGGUGGAAAAGAUGAUGUGAAUUACAUUGCAUUUUGUGACAGUGUUUAUGAAUUGGCUGCCAUUGAACCUUUCAAACCUUGAUAUUUCACAAAAAUUUGAAGUCUGUAGUGUUUUUUCAACAGUUAUUCAUUGUAUAUCAAUUACUGUUUGCUUUUAUUUUGUAUGCAACAAAAUUGUUACUGUUUAAAAUAUUUACGAAGUCACAUUUCAAUUGACAGCUACUAUACCAUGGAAUUAAAUGUAGAAGCUCAUAAA